AUGACUCGUCUCUUCGUCGUCGUUGACUCGAACCCACUGGAGUUCGAGAUCUGGUGCUUCGUUCCGUGCACGGGUGCCACGCAGCGCACCACGCUUGGGCAUGCUGGCUUCGACAAGCUCGGCGGGUUUGCCUGCGCUCCGAUUUACCGAGAGCGCUCGCGGCUGCCGGGCGGCCCCGCGUACCUAGCCUUGCACGGCACCAAGGGCGGUUGGUCGUCGUCCGCAGUAAAGUGGGCCACCUACUCGUCCAAGUUCCGACCCGAGACCGGGCGCAACGACGAGUCGCGCAUCUCGGAGAACUACAUGGAGGGGCGGCAGGUGCUCUACCUGUGCUACUGGCGGCGCUUCCUCAACCUGUGGACGGGCGUCUGGGACUCAAGGUGCGCGGUGGACUGGGCCGCGCCAAUCUACUGCUCCCUGCCACCCUAUCCGCCGCCGCUGCCGCCGAGAGCGCCGCCGCCUCUCCUGCCGCCGCCGGCUCCUUGCGGCGACCAAUUGGCGGGGCGGCAGCAGCUGCGCGACGGGCGCACCGCCAAGCACUGCUGGGAGCUGCCGUCCUCCCAUGCUGCGUGCGAGCGGUACUACUCGAACACUUCGGCGGGGACGGCCCUCUGUGUGGCGCCGGCGGAGAGCGAGGCGGCCGUGUGCGGCCAGUCGGACUUCAUCCUCGACUGCAUCUCGCCGCCGCCCUCGCCGCCCUCGCCGCCCUCGCCGCCGCCCUCGCCGGCGGCCCCAAGUCCGGGUCGGCCGAUCUCCGCCCUCGAGGCCGCGAUCGGCAUCGACCCCGAGACUCGGCCGAUCUUCGCGGCGAGCGCGCUGGCGGCGUUCUCGGCGGCCGCCGCGUGCGGGUCGUGGACUGAGUUUGCGCACGACGCGUGGAGCAAGUUGGCGCACGACGCGCAGCACGCCGCGUCUGCCGCCUUCUUCUCGAACUUGUCCGACCUCGCCCGCAACGUGAAGGAGGAGAAGCGCCUCUCGCUGUCGGGCGGUCAGCUCCCGGGCCCGACGGCGGCGGCGGCGGCGGCGGCGGCGGCGGCAGAGUACGGCGAGAGCGAGGCUGCGGGGGAGCUGCGAGUGCUUCGCAAGCGGCUCGAGCAGCUCGAGGCCCAAGCCGCCCGGCCCGUCGCACAGCCCGACGGGGGAGACCCCCCACCGGGCGGCGGCGGCGGCGGCGGCGACGGCGGCGGAGCGGGCGGCAAGGCGGCCAAGGACCGCGAGCGGGUGCGCCCCGACCCUCCCACCCCCCCAGACUCCGACGCCGACUCGUCGGAGGACGACGUGGGCGGCGGUGGUCACCGCGGCCCCCCCCGCCUCGGCGGCGGCGUCGGUCGCGACGACGCUGUCGGCGAGCUGUUCGGCGGACACGUGCUCGCCUGCGACUACGACAGCGACAACCCCUUCGAGCGGAAGCGGGGACUGCAGCAGCGGACCUCGCACUACUCGCCAGCGGCGGCGGGCGACACCGUGCACGCAGAGCUGCACCGCAAGCUCGGGGCCGCAAACCAACGGGAGGUCGCGCGGCCCGAAUGCUCGAAUUGA